UUUUCAAUUUCAUCUUUCAUUUUACAAAAACAUGCACCCCACGUUCUCUCAACCAUUCACAAAAACAAGAGAACAAACAUCAAAAGACUUCUUCAUUCUCUAUCAAGAAAACUUCUGUCUCCUUUUCUCUUCUCCUAUCUGCGCCAGCUGAAACCCUUUCCUUUUUCUGACGCCAAAAGUUUCCAGUUUGUUCAUCAAUCUCCAUAUCAUAUUAUAUUUCUGCUUUAUGGUCUCAAACUUCGCCGCGUAAGGCAACAUUCUUUCGGCUUGAAUCAGAAAAAAUGGUUCGAGCACUAGAAGAAGAAGAGAAAGGGAUUCCAUCUGCUGAAUCUCAAAAGGUUAAUGAGUUGAAGCUUCUUCGUAAAGAGACCAUCAAGUCACGUAAUAAAGCCGACGAUUCAGGCUCCGCUAACAUCAACCAGAACCAGCCUUCAGAUAUGGAGCUGAUGAAGGAAAAAUUUGCCAAGUUGCUCCUUGGUGAGGAUAUGUCUGGCGGAGGAAAGGGUGUUUCAUCAGCAUUGGCAUUGUCAAAUGCAAUCACAAACUUAGCAGCUUCUGCAUUUGGGGAACAGAAGAGAUUAGAGCCCAUGCAACCAGAGACAAAAGCCAAGUGGAGAAAAGAAAUUGAUUGGCUUUUAUCUGUUACAGAUCAUAUUGUUGAAUUUGUUCCUUCUAAACAAAAAUCAAAAGAUGGAACAAACAUGGAGAUUAUGGUGACAAAGCAGAGAACUGAUCUUCAAAUGAACAUCCCAGCACUACGCAAACUAGACGCGAUGCUUCUGGAUUGUUUAGAUAGUUUUAGAGACCAAAGUGAAAUCUCUUAUACGUCCAAGGAUGAUGAAGGAAAAAAUAGCAGGGCAGAUGACAAAUGGUGGAUACCUACACCUAAGGUUCCUCCUAAUGGCUUGUCCGAUGCUACGAGAAAAUGGCUGCAAUUUCAGAAAGAUUCUGUAAACCAAGUACAUAAAGCAGCCAUGGCCAUAAAUGCUCAAGUUCUAACAGAAAUGGAGGUCCCUGAAAAUUAUAUAGAAUCCCUACCGAAGAAUGGAAGAGCAAGUCUUGGAGAUUCGAUAUACAGGAGCAUUACUGAUGAAUACUUUGAUCCUGAUUACUUCCUUUCAACUAUGGACUUGUCUUCGGAACAUAAAAUAUUAGACCUCAAGAACAGGAUUGAGGCAUCUGUAAUUAUAUGGAGAAGAAAAAUGAAUGCUAAAGAUGGGAAAUCAGCCUGGGGUUCAGCCGUUAGUAUGGAGAAGAGAGAGUUAUUUGAAGAAAGAGCAGAGACUAUCUUGCUUAUCCUAAAGCAUCGGUUCCCUGGAAUUCCUCAGUCAUCACUAGACAUAAGCAAAAUCCAGUACAACAGAGAUGUUGGGCAAGCUAUUUUAGAAAGCUAUUCGAGAAUAAUUGAAAGCAGGGCAUACACAGUCAUGUCACGAAUCGAAGAUGUUCUCCAAGCAGAUGCUGUGGCCCAAAAUCCUGCCAAUGGAGAGGUAAAGAGGUUUCCUGGGGAUGAUUCCUUAGGAGUCGCAGCAUCAGAAGCAUUCCCGGAUGGUAAGGAAGAAGUAGAGAAGCUUAAUUCUGCAGAGACUCCUAAUUCAAUGACACUGCUGGAUUUCAUGGGUUGGGGGGCGGAACAAGGAGACGAUGAUACUGAGAAAGAAUUGAAGGAGGACCGAACCAAAGACACUGAUGGAAAGCUCCUAAGCAAACCUCCAAAUAUAGUCACUAAUAAGAGAGUGUCUUACUUAGAGAAUUUAGCUGGUUCCAGAAGUCCAACAGCACGCCACUAGCAGACUUCACUGCAGAAUACUGAUUGACUCUUCAGAGGCAAGGAUCGACGACUAGAGUUUCAUCAGAUUAAGAAAGCUCGGCGUCAAAUGUACAUAUCGAGAUGAAGCAUACCAAUCUAGGAUUUCACUAAGUCAUUCCUUUUGUAAAUAGGGAUACAGUUAGUAGACCUACUGGGUCUGUGGCAGUUCUUGAAAUGAUUUACUCAGUACAAGAUGUCACCUUGUUGUUGAACAACAAUGGGAAUUACAGACCUUUUACCUUGAAUAACCUCUGGUUUUCAGAUCUAUUAGUAACAUGAUCUGUAGUUCACUAUUUAAAGUCUAUUUGGUUUGCACUUUACAGAAUCAUUAAUUGGUUAUUAGUUAAUUCA